AUGGCGGACGAAGUGUACGACGGUGCCAUUGGCAUUGACCUGGGUAAGCGUCUCAUCGGUCGCCGCAUCGAUGACCCCACCGUCAAGAAGGACAUCGAGUCGUGGCCCUUCAAGGUCAUCGACGACGGUAACGGUGGCCCCAAGAUCGAGGUUGACUACCUCGGCGAGAAGAAGGCUUUCUCCGCCCAGGAGAUCUCCUCCAUGGUUCUCACCAAGGCAAAACAGAUGAAGGAGAUUGCCGAGACCAAGCUCGGUAAGAAGGUCGAGAAGGCCGUCAUCACCGUCCCCGCCUACUUCAACGACAACCAGCGUCAGGCCACCAAGGACGCCGGUGCCAUUGCCGGCCUCAACGUUCUCCGUAUCAUCAACGAGCCCACCGCCGCCGCCAUUGCCUACGGUCUCGGCUCCAACAAGUCGUCCAAGGAGCGCAACGUGCUCAUCUACGAUCUUGGUGGCGGUACCUUUGAUGUCUCCCUGCUCAACAUCCAGGGUGGCGUCUUCACCGUCAAGGCCACGGCCGGUGACACUCAUCUGGGUGGUCAGGACUUCGACACCAACCUCCUCGAGCACUGCAAGAAGGACUUCCUCCGCAAGAGCAAGAAGGACCUCUCCGGCGACCCCCGUGCUCUCCGCCGUCUCCGCACUGCUUGCGAGCGUGCCAAGCGUACCCUGUCUAGCGGUGCCCAGGCCAUGAUUGAGAUCGACUCUCUCUUCGAUGGCGAGGACUACGCCAUGACCAUCACCCGUGCCCGCUUCGAGGAGCUCAACGGCAAGGCCUUCUCCGGCACCAUCGAGCCCGUCGCUCAGGUGCUCAAGGACGCUGCCAUCGAGAAGUCGGCCGUUGACGAGAUCGUCCUCGUCGGCGGUUCCACCCGUAUCCCCCGUAUCCAGAAGCUCCUGUCCGAGUUCUUCGACGGGAAGAAGCUCGAGAAGAGCAUCAACCCGGACGAGGCCGUCGCCUACGGUGCCGCCGUCCAGGCCGGUAUCCUGUCUGGCAAGGCCACCUCGGCCGAGACGUCUGACCUCCUCCUGCUCGACGUCGUCCCCCUGUCCCUGGGUGUGGCGAUGGAGGGCAACAUCUUUGCUCCCGUCGUUCCCCGCGGCAGCACUGUCCCGGCCUUGAGGAAGAGGACCUUCACCACCGUGGCCGACAACCAGCAGACGGUCCAGUUCCCCGUCUACCAAGGUGAGCGUGUCAACUGCGAAGACAACACGUCUCUGGGUGAGUUCACCCUUGCGCCCAUUCCUCCCAUGAGGGCUGGAGAGGCCGUCCUGGAGUGUGUCUUCGAGGUCGACGUCAACGGUAUCCUCAAGGUGACGGCCACGGAGAAGACGUCGGGCCGCUCGGCCAACAUCACCAUUGCCAACUCUGUCGGCAAGCUCUCGUCCACCGAGAUCGAGAAGAUGGUCAGCGACGCCGAAGCCUUCAAGAGCAACGACGAGGCCUUCAGCAAGAAGUUCGAGGCCAAGCAGCAGCUCGAGUCGUACAUUGGCCGUGUCGAGGAGAUCGUCUCGGACCCCACCCUGUCCCUCAAGCUCAAGCGUGGCCAGAAGGAGAAGAUUGAGAGCACCAUCAGCGACGCCAUGGGCGCUCUCGAGCUCAGCGACAGCACCGCCGAGGAUCUCAAGAAGCAGGAGCUCGCCCUCAAGCGUCUCGUCACCAAGGCCAUGUCUUCGCGAUAA